ACACACAUAAUCAGUAAAAAUCGAUCCUACCCAUUUAUGUAUUUUAAAGUAUCUAAUCUUCAAAUCCUCUUCUUGUUCUAACUCUAAGCAAGCCGAAGAGAUGAACACACCAAACGGGAACCGACACCAUCAAAUUAACAUCGUGAGUGCUUCACAUAAUCAACCAUCACAAUUACCACCAUUAAAUCUACCUCGUAGAGAUCUACUCGAUGCUUGAUUUUGGAAUACUUUGAAGGAGGAGACGACUUCAAUGCAAUUUGUAUCCCUUUGUAUAAAGCGUUAACAUCCAACGAUUUUAAAGCUGUUAAAGUCAUUCUUGACAAGCGUCCGAUGCUGGUACAGUUUAGCAUCACUGAAAGUUGUGAAACAAUACUUCACAUUGCGGUGCUAUUGGGAAAAUCAUGCGUGCUUGUGCAAUAUUUGAUGAGUUUGAUGACAAAGGAGGACUUGGAACUUCCAAAUGGAAGUGGUGAAACAGCCCUGUGUUUAGUAGCUAGAACUGGUAAUGUUGAAAUAGCCAAGAUAUUGGUGGAAAAGAAUGAUGGUCUGAUAGAUAUCCCAAACAGUGAAGGAAGGUUGCCACUGCAAGUGGCAGUUUUAUAUGGAAGGCACGAAAUGGUGGAGUAUCUAUAUAAUACUUCUCAAAGAAUGACUGGCCAUUUUUGGACACAUCAAGAUCGGAGUUGGGUUCUUGAGAAAUGUGUUGACAAGAGUCUAUUUGAUCUCGCAUUACAAAUGGCAGUGGACCUUCCGGAACUCGCUAUAAACGGGAGCAUACUCAGACUACUGGCUCGAAGACCUUACACUUUUUAUUUUUUAAAAUUUCGCUGGUUCUAUAGACUCAAAAGUUUACUUAAAGGAGCCCUGAAAUUCCGCUUUGAUUACCAUUGCAAAGGAGAUGAUCUCAUCAAAUUACUAGGAAUGGUUUUGACACAGAUUAUGAAAUUGCCCAAGGUUGAGAUUGAUGACAUAAUAAGAGGGCCACCUGAUGAGACUACUACUAACACCGAGGAAGAUGCAAAGCAAAAAUACUCUUCCCGACUACUAUUUCAUGCUGCAGAGAUGGGUAACACUGAAUUUGUAGUUGAGGUCAUUCGUCAAUACCCACAUCUGGCUCUUGAUGUAAAUGAUGAUAACCAAAGUAUAUUUCAUGUCGCUGUCUUACAUCGAAACGAGGGUAUCUACAAACUAUUACAUGAGAUAGACCAUAUCAGGAAUUCGAUAGUUACUCUCGAAGACAAAAAUGGCAACAAUAUGUUACAUUUAGUUUCACAAAGUACAAUGGGUUAUAGACGACUAAUGGUCUCGGGUUUGCAAAUGAAUAAAGAACGCUUGUGGUAUCGGGAAGUAGAGGGGAUGCUCCCUAGUCAUCUCUGUCGAAAGAAGAACGCAGCUGGUCUAACACCCUACGAACUGUUCAUCAAGAACCACAAAGAUCUAUUUUCUAAGGAGAAAAAGUUGAUGAAACAAAUGGUGACCCAGUUAAUGGUGGUAGAGGCACUUAUAGCCACCAUCUCAUUUGCAGCAGUGUUUACAUUUCCUGGUGGAUACAACCAAACUACUGGUACUCCAAUCUUACUCCAAAAAACCCUUUCCAAGUUUUUCAUAAUAUUUGAUAGCUUGUCAUUUUUAUCCUCUACAACUUCAAUCCUAGUGGUUUUACAUCUCAUUAUGUUUGAUGGUUUUGCACAUGCUCUCUCCAUUUCAUCCAAAUUGGUCACACUGUGUCUAACAUUGGCUUUCUUCUCUAUAGCCACCAUCAUCCUCACUUUUCUUAUCAACCUUCUCCUACUUUAUCAGAAUAAUUAUGAUUGGUUGCCCACAUUAAUCCUCUGUUCCGCUGCAGUGCCCUUCGUGGUUUUAUACGUCUUACAAACUUAUGUUCUAAAUGGCCAUCGAACUUCUCUGUAAUAGUUUUAGAUUUUGUCCUUUUCGUGUGUGAAAUUUCAUCUAAAUCGAUGUACGUUUGUAAG